AUGGCCUUUAGUGAUGCAAGUUUGCCCUUUAGUGAUGCAAGUUUGCCUAUUGGUGAUGCAAGUUUACCCUUGUGUGAUGUAGGUUUGCUUUUGGGUGAUGCAAGUUCACCCUUGAGUGAUGCAAGUUUGUCCCUUAGUGAUGUGAGUUUGCCCUUGGGUGGUGCGAUUUUACCCUUGGAUGAUGCAAAUUUGCCCUUGGGUGAUGCAAGUUUGCCCUUGGGUGAUGCAAGUUUGCCCUUGGGUGAUGCAAGUUUGCCCUUGGGUGAUGCAAGUUUGCCCUUGGGUGAUACAAGUUUGCCCUUGGGUGAUGCACUUUUUCACAAAGAAAUUAUGACAGAGAUGGGAGAGCUGGGCGUCUUGGGACCCACUAUUCAGGGGUAUGGAUGCGCUGGUGUGUCAUCCGUGGCAUAUGGUCUAAUAGCCAGAGAGGUGGAAAGAGUCGAUAGUAGUUACAGAUCUGCUUUGAGUGUACAAUCGUCACUUGUUAUGCAUCCUAUUCAUGCCUAUGGUACAGAACAACAGAGAGAAAAAUUCCUGCCAAAGUUAGCACGUGGUGAGCUUAUUGGUUGUUUUGGGUUGACUGAACCAAACCAUGGCAGUGACCCCGGAGGGAUGGAAACCAGAGCUGUUUAUAACCCCGCUGGUAAAAGCUAUAUUCUCAAUGGUAGUAAGAUGUGGAUUACCAUGUCCCCCAUUGCAGACAUCGCUGUGGUCUGGGCAAAACUGAAAGACCAGGACAACACAAUACGAGGUUUUAUACUAGAACGUGGCAUGAAAGGACUUUCAACACCAACAAUUGAAGGCAAAUUUUCACUGAGAGCUUCAACCACUGGGCAAAUUGUGAUGGAGGAUGUGGAAGUGCCCGAGGAGAAUAUACUACCGAACGCAUCUGGACUUGGGGGUCCAUUUGGAUGCCUGAAUAAUGCUCGUUAUGGUAUUGCAUGGGGUGCCCUAGGAGCAGCUGAAUUCUGUUUAGAAACAGCGAGGCACUAUACACUUGAAAGGCAGCAGUUUGGUAGGCCGCUUGCAAACACCCAGUUGAUGCAGAAAAAGAUGGCGGACAUGUUGACUGAAAUUACUCUUGGUUUACAGGCAUGUUUGAGAGUCGGUAGACUUAAGGAUGAAGGAAGAGCUGCUCCUGAGAUGAUUUCAUUGGUGAAGCGUAACUCAUGUGGUAAAUCAUUAGAUAUUGCAAGGGUAUGUCGAGACAUGCUAGGGGCUAAUGGCAUUGUAGAUGAAUAUCACGUUAUACGACAUUUAUUGAAUCUAGAGUCUGUCAAUACAUAUGAAGGUGCCCAUGAUGUCCAUGCAUUGAUUCUUGGUAAAGCAAUUACUGGCCUCCAAGCAUUCAAGUAAUACUGCCUGACACCUAAAUACUGUUGUCGAGAUGAUGUCUGACCAUAUUACACAUGUUGCAUAAUAUACAACUACUAACUUUCUUUGCUCCAUUGGAAGCACAUGUGCUUGUGUACAAAGCGCUGUUGACAAGUCACUAUUAACAAAUUACAUUGCAACUGUGGUGUAUUACAAAGCUGACCAAUAAUAUUUGGUUAUGUAAUAGUCUCUAUUGCAUACAAUACAUAAAUCUAUAUCUAAUAA